AUGGGCACACCUGUGCCUCUGCGCUGCGUGGCGGUUCACCUCUGUUGCACACUUGCUCGGCAAGCAUCGUCUGGUUUCUGCUGGAGCUCACCUCUCACGCUGAUGGCAGAGAAAGCUGUUGGUUGUUUGUUGUUGCUGCUGCUGCUGCUUAGAGAGACCUUGAGAGUUGGCGACCGAGACAACACGGGCGGAGUCGUUUCUCCUGAACACUGAUCUUUCCCGUCGCCCAGCCUGGCUCAACUGGGAGUUGAGAAAUUGACUGCAGGUCACACGGAGUUGACUCUGGGCUUUUCUCUGACACCAGACAGAUGAUCGCACUCCCACCGAACACAACCCAAACCCCAUAACACUUCAGGGUGCCCUAUUAACACACAGGCACACAACACUAUACAAUCGUACGCUACACCAGAGCUCGCCUAAACUCAACAUUGAUUCACAUAGCCCAGUGGUCACAUUAUUUAUGAUCAAAGGCGCUCCAGUAUAGCGAUACUUUAUAAAUACGAUCAAGGUGCAGGCCUGCAAUUCCUCGCUUGUGCCACUGCAGGCGGAACGGCCUCCACCAGAGGGAGUUCUGGAGAGCCCCCCCCACCCUACCCCACCCCCCUCGAGUGUAAUUAACUCUACUUGGACAAUUGUAGGAUCGAUAAUGAGUGACCCUCAGGAUGGGUUCGGCUGCUCCCUGGCGGAGCUGCGCACUCUCAUGGAGCUCCGCGGUGGGGACGCGGUGGGGCGCAUCGUGAAGGAAUACGGGCGGCACGAGGCGGGCGGUGGCGGCGACGACGACACAGCGGUGCAGGGAGCGACGGAGCUGUGCCGACGGCUGCGGACGUCGCCCACGGACGGCCUUUCGGGGGAUCCCGAGGACCUGGAGCGGAGGCGGACAACUUUUGGACGGAACCACAUCCCACCCAAGAAACCCAAGUCGUUCCUGGCGCUGGUGUGGCACGCGCUGCAGGACGUGACGCUCAUCAUCCUGGAGGUGGCUGCGGUCGUCUCCCUCGGCCUCUCCUUCUACCGGCCACCCGAGGGCGAGAACACGGAACUGUGCGGCGAGUCCUCGGGCAGCAUCGAGGAGGCCGGUUCAGACACGGGCUGGAUCGAGGGCACUGCCAUCCUGCUCACGGUGGUCGUGGUGGUGCUCGUCACGGCGUUCAACGACUGGAGCAAGGAGCGCCAGUUCCGCGGCCUCCAGAGUCGCAUCGAGCAGGAGCAGAAGUUCUCAGUGAUCCGCGGCGGGCAGCUCGUGGAGGUGCACGUCGCUGAGCUGGUCGUGGGUGAUGUGGCGCAGGUCAAGUACGGGGAUCUGCUGCCGGCGGACGGUGUGCUGCUGCAGGGGAACGAGCUGUCCGUGGACGAGAGCUCGCUCACGGGGGAGUCGGACCACUUGAGCAAGAGCCCCGACUGUGACCCCAUGCUCCUGUCUGGCACGCACGUGAUGGAGGGAUCUGGCCGUAUGGUGGUGACCGCCGUGGGCAUCAACUCUCAGAGCGGCAUUAUCUUCACACUGCUGGGGGCGACGUCCGGUGAAAGCCCCGACAAGAAACGCAAGCGAAGAAAAAAAGCAGCCACUCCCAAGAUCCCCCGCACUCCCCCCAAAUCUCCGCCCCCCACUUCUCCCAUCCCUGGACAGGCCCCCCAAGAGAUGGACGGGAUGACUGGAGCCGUCGCCAACGACACCCCCCAGGGAGCCCGGAACAUUGAGAUGUGGCCGCUCGCUGAAGACGGCGCCGACGCCGACGCCACCGGUGCCGGCAGAGUGGACUCGCCGCUAGGCGGAGAGAGGACCAAGAUGGAGGGGGAGGAGAAGAAGAAGGCUAAAAAGAAGAAACGAAGGAAGAAGGCGAAGAAGGAGAGGUCCCCGCUGCAGGCGAAGCUCACCAAGCUGGCCGUUCAGAUCGGCAAGGCCGGCCUGGUGAUGUCGCUGCUGACGAUGGUGAUCCUGGUGCUGUACUUCGUGAUUGACACGUUCGGGGUGCAGGGCCGCACGUGGCUGCCGCAGUGCACCACCAUCUACAUGCAGUACUUUGUCAAGUACUUCAUCAUCGGCGUCACUGUGCUGGUGGUCGCCAUGCCCGAGGGGCUGCCCCUCGCCGUCACCAUCGCGCUCGCCUACUCCGUCAAGAAAAUGAUGAAGGACAACAAUCUGGUGCGGCACCUGGACGCGUGCGAGACGAUGGGCAAUGCCACGGCCAUCUGCUCCGACAAGACGGGCACCCUCACCACCAACCGCAUGACUGUGGUGCAGGUGUACGUGGGAGGGAAGCAUCACAAGCUCGAUGGGGGCCAGGAACCCCCCAUCCUGCCACCGGCGAUGCUCGUGGAGCUGUGCAACGCCAUGACCAUCAACUCUGCCUACACCAGCAAGAUCCUGCCCCCCGAGCGGGAGGGUGGGCUGCCCCGCCAGGUGGGUAACAAGACGGAGUGCGCGCUGCUGGGCCUGGUGGAGGCGCUGGGGGGCGACUACCAGGCGGUGCGUGACGUCACUCCCGAGGAGGGGCUCCACAAGGUGUACACCUUCAACUCGACGCGCAAGUCCAUGAGCACCGUAGUGCGCGCGCCGGGGGGCGGAUUCCGCCUCUACAGCAAGGGCGCCUCCGAGAUCCUGCUGCAGAGGUGCUCCCAGGUGCUGGACGCCACCGGCAGACCCGUGCCAUUCCCGGCGACGGAGCGCCAGGCGGCGGUGCGCGCGGUGAUAGAGCCGAUGGCGCGCGAGGGCCUGCGCACCAUCUGCGUCGCGAGCCGCUCGUUCCCCCCCGGUGAGGAGCCCCCGUGGGACGAGGAGGAGAGCGUCGUGGCGCAGCUCGUGUGCAUCGCCGUCGUCGGUAUCGAGGACCCCGUGAGGCCCGAGGUUCCACGAGCGAUUGCCCAGUGCCAGCGGGCGGGCAUCUCGGUGCGCAUGGUAACGGGCGACAACAUCAGCACGGCGCGUGCCAUCGCCACAAAGUGCGGCAUCCUGGUGCCUGGUAAUGACUUCCUGUGCCUCGAAGGCAAGGAGUUCAACGAGAGGAUUUGCGAUGAGAGUGGCAAGGUGGAUCAGGAGCGGUUCGACAAGGUGUGGCCCAAGCUGCGGGUGCUCGCAAGAUCCUCGCCCACCGACAAGUACACCCUGGUCAAAGGAAUAAUCGAGAGCACAGCGGCAGACCGGAGGCAGGUGGUGGCCGUGACCGGGGAUGGCACCAAUGACGGGCCGGCACUCAAGAAGGCCGACAUCGGCUUUGCCAUGGGCCUCGCGGGCACCGACGUGGCCAAGGAGGCGUCGGACAUCAUCCUGACGGACGACAACUUCAGCUCCAUCGUGAAGGCGGUGAUGUGGGGGCGCAACGUCUACGACAGCAUUGCCAAGUUCCUGCAGUUCCAGCUCACGGUCAACGUGUCGGCUGUCAUUGUGGCUUUCACGGGCGCCUGCAUCACGCAGGACUCCCCGCUCAAGGCCGUGCAGAUGCUCUGGGUGAACCUCAUCAUGGACUCGUUUGCGUCACUGGCGCUCGCCACGGAGCCACCCACCCCGGCGCUGCUGCAGCGCCGGCCAUACGGGCGCGACCGCCCGCUGGUGUCGCGCACCAUGGCCAAGUUCAUCCUGGGCCACGCCAUCUACCAGCUUGUCGUCACCUUCACCAUCCUCUUUGCCGGCGAGCUCCUGUUCGACAUCGACAGCGGUCGCAGCGCGCUCCUGCACUCGGCGCCCACGCAGCACUACACCAUCUUGUUCAACGCGUUCGUCAUGAUGCAGAUCUUCAACGAGAUCAACGCGCGCAAGGUGCACGGCGAGAGGAACGUGUUCGCGGGGAUCCACCGCAACCCCGCCUUCAUCGUCAUCGUCGUCGGCACCGCCGCCACGCAGGUGAUUAUCGUGCAUUUCGGAGGUCAGCCGUUCAGCUGCACUCCGCUCACCAUCGAGCAGUGGCUGUGGUGCGUCUUCCUGGGGCUCGGCGAGCUGCUGUGGGGGCAGCUGAUCGCGAGCUUCAACAUAAACCGCUUCAGCCGCAAGAAGCGCAUCGCCGGUGGGGACGAGAAGCGCGGUGAGCUCGGGCCGCUCGAUGACUCCGAGUUGGAGGAGUCCGACGCCGGGGACGAGAGCUCCGAGUCGUCGGAGGGGUACGACGGCGCUGGACACGCGUCUGAGCUGCGCGCGGCACAGCUGCUCUGGAUCCGCGGCUUCAACCGCAUUCAGACGCAGCUGCGGGUCGUGAGCGCGUUCCGCACCUACGGCCACGACCUCUCGCUGCCCUCGUCCAGCGACGAAGAGGACGACGACGACAAUGACACGGAGAUGGACGACGUCGGCAGCGACAAUGACGCCAAUAAAAAAUACGCGAGGCUCGACGACGCGCGGUCCGCAAAGCGGCGGUGCGCGCCGUCAUCGCCAUCAUCGCCGUCAUCGCCGUCGUCACUGCCCUCGUCGCCACACGAGGAUGCGGCGCGUGGUGCGACGGCGCGGGAGGUGCGCGUGAUACCGGCGGGGGUCACCGUCACCGACAACGGCACCAGCUUCCAGACGGCGCUGUGAGAGGGAUGGAGGGGCAGGGAUGGCGGCUGUGGCAUCGUCGGCCUGCGGGCGGAGAUGCACGCACGCGCACACUUCAAUUGCUCCUCACAAAAACAAAGGUGACGUGUUUUAUUUUCGGGCUGCGGCAGAAAAUGUUGUAUAGCGAGCAACCAUUUAAGGCUAACACGGUGUGGCCGGCACCGUUCUCCAGCCGACUUUUUUUUCUCCGCAGUGCUCCCGUUUACACAGCACCAGGUACCUAAUGGGGAGGGGAUGUCCAUGACAGGUUCAGAUACCACGCGUCGCUGAUGUUACCCAUGAGCGAGGAAGUGAACUUGGGUCACUGGGUUUGUAGCACAUUACCGCGGCUCCACUCCAUGACACUUGAGGCUUAUGCGUACACACACACACACGCGCAGGCAUGCGUGAGUACAUAGUCUGCUGCCCAGCAUGGGACUUUAAUUCUUUUCAGGUUUCCAGGCGCACGUUCAAUUUGUGGGUGAGCGCCACGCCACUCCAGGCGAAAACCGAAUGGAAAACCUUCGCAGGAGCUCCGAGUUCCCCCCCCCCCCCCCUCAUUACGUUCGUCACCGUCCCCUCCUCUGCCGCUCGGUGUGGCUCGGCGGGCAACUGACUUGUCAAAAAAAAAAAACCCCGCACGGAUCUCAACGGUGGGGUGGCAGUCCGGAGCGUGGCGCCAGCCCCCGAUCUCGACCUCGGCUGACCCACAAGCGGACUGGCGACCUGUGCGACCGCGCCUGGUGGCCAUCUCCAAGAGACGCAGCGGACAGCGGCGCAGGCCUCGGAAAGUCCACACAAAGCCCCCUGCGCAGGGAAAAAAUAUGGAAUUAUACGGAAUGUUUUUGCUGCUCCGUGUGUGUGUUUUACCACUUGCGUAUCUCGUUGGGCAUGUCGCGAUUCAUUCUCUCACUCCUCGCAAGUGAUUCUGUGGAUUGUCUAAAUCCGCAAUCAGGAUUCGACUUAAGAAUAGUUUUUUUUGCCGCCUAUGUAUUGUUUCUCAAUUUAGUUUGCAUCUUCUCGUGUGUACACUUUCGUUCACUCCAGUAGCUGAGAUAUAAAAUUAGCGUAUUUUUGGGAGUGUACCUUUCUUGUGUACAUUAUAAAUAAUUCCCGUACACGAGAUUCCAUGUGUUUAUCAAGACACUAUAUUUAUUAAUGAAUCCGUCCGUCGCCAUCCGAAUUGUCUGAUGCGAUUCGAUGAAACGUGAUUUAUCUUUGGUCCCGCUUUUGACAACGCACUUGCAUUGUUUCAAAUGAUUUCCAUCUCGUAGACUCUCGUUCACUCCAUGCAAUUUGCAAGUCGUUUGCAAGAGAAUUUGCGCAAGAUGUAAGUAACCGAUCGCUCAUGCGCACGCGAGAAUUCGGCGCGAUUUAAUCGCGACAAUAAAGUUACCGUUUGAAUCCAUGCAACCCCCUGUUGCGAUUUCACGUUGACACAAUUCUGGGUCCCAGCAAUUCGAUUCAGGAAUCUGAUAUUUCCUCGUUUUCACCACUUCGGUUGUAUGAUUUAAAAGUAAUGUCUCUCGUGCUGCAAACUGUCGUCAGUCCUGAUUUUGUAACAUUGAAGCCGUACGGCCGUCACGUUCUGUUGAACGAUCCAAGUGCCUUCAUUGAGCGGUUUCAACAAUCGCAGCCACUCCUUCUCCCAUGCGCACUGAAACGUACAGAGCACGGUUAGCUCUAAACGAUCACCUGCAGGGAGGUGAUUUAGUAGUGAACCUGUUUUUGUAGAUUCCGUCAUAGACUGAAAGAAAAUGUAGUUUGUUGUGACCUUCGAGUCAAAGGAAACCCGCACCCAAAUGUGCUGAACGUUUCGUAUCAUUCCAAAGCCGUCCCAUAAAUCACAGCUACCCACCGCAGUGGUGGAAUUGCACAAGUGGGUUCUUUUCACAGAAAAUUAACGUACGUUUAUCCUUGUGGCGUUCGCUGUUGAGUGAUCGGACUUGAUGCUGUGGUGCCGAGUGGAUGAUACCCGAAGUAAGCCCGUCGCAAUUUUUUUAUGUUUUAUUUUAUGACGUUCAGUUUGUAAUGGCCCCCCCCCCCCCCCCCCACGUUGGAUGUGUUCCCCAUCGCGUUAACAGGAGCUGCAGAUGCUUGCUGUUGUGUGCCUUGGCUGCUUUUGGUUGUCUCGCAAAAAUUAUAAACGGCUGAGAUGUAUGCGUCCGUGUCGGAGCUUGAGUGCGAGGAGCGGUCCUUUGGAUCUGCAAGGUGGCCAGCAGAUGGCGGGUACGGGGAUGGAUUCUGGAAUCCAUCCUGUAGAUCUUUUGAGUGUUCCUGCCUCGUGUGUAUGGGUGGGUUUUCUCCAGGUUCUCCGGUUUUCUACCACAAGAUAACGUCUCGCCAGCGUGGCGACUUUAAACAAGCGUUAACUACCUCGCCUAGUAUACAGGAAGUCGUGAGUUGGAACCCGAUCUUGACGCAUGCUGUAUAAACUUGAU